AUAUAUAUAUAUAUAUAUUAUAUAUUACAUUUGAAUUUCCGCGGUCUACUGUGCAUGUGUACUUCCCUCUCUAUUUAUUCCCUCUCUUUUAGAUUUCUGAGUCGACUGGGGAAGGUGAAGUGAUUUUCGACUCCGUGUUGGAUCAACACUCCUUCGGUCGUCGGCGAUGCUCGCGCGGUUCAACCAAUCCGAUUAUUCUGGUAAGCGUGCAGUUCAAUGCGUUUGUUUAAUUGCUUUACAUCUUUCGAUUGAGGUUUCCGUGGAUGUAGUAACGGUUAUUGCUGCUUGAUGAUCCUAAUUAUAAUUUGUAUGUGAAUGCCGAUGCGAUCUGAUUUGAGAAGUCGAUUUGUUGUUUGUAUCGUUAUGGUUUUUAAACUGCAACUGAUGAAGCAGGAGUGAUUUGAUUUUAUUAGAUUUUUUUUAAAAAAAAUUAUUAGAUUUGUUUACACUCUAGUUCGUUAUGGAGUUGAUGUUGUUGAUGUAAAGCAGCGCGUAAUUGAAUAAGCAAAACUGUGUUUGAAUCAAUCCUCUGUUUAAUUGCAAAUUGAAAUGCAAAUGUUGGUUAAGAUGAUGACAAUAAACCUAAGAUUUGAUGGAGUUUGGAAGUGUCCGAUCCUCCGAGCAGAGUUUUGGAAUCUCAGAAUAUUGCUGGCCCAAGCUUCUUCCCCCUUUACUUCCAAACUGUUUUUAAUUCCCUUUUGCAAAGUAAACUGAUCAGAAUUCUGAUCAGAUGGCUUCACUUCCUUGUUAAAAACAAAAAGCUUUCAAUCCCUAAUAUCCUACACAACACAUCACUUUAGUGUUCAUACCUCUUUAGAAAUGAAGAAAGAACAACACCAAGAAGAGCAGAAACAAAAACUCCUCCAACCUCUCAAAAGCCUCACUGCUUAUUUUCUCUUCUUCGGAUUCGGUUUAGCCGUUGGAAUCACACUAAGUUCCUAUCUCCCAUACACUUCUCCAAACUUUCUAUUAGCACAAUACUUCACCUCCACUGUCCUGUCCCCACCGCCAUCAUCGCCGGGCAGAAUUGCACUCCGGGAAUUUCUCAAGCCGCCAAAAGUGAUGCACGAUAUGACGGACGAGGAGUUGCUAUGGAGGGCUUCUAUGAAGCCUAAGAUUGGUAAAUAUCCGUUCAACCGGACACCAAAAGUUGCCUUCAUGUUUCUGGUGAAAAGGAGCAUCCCCAUGGCUCCCCUGUGGGAGCUCUUCUUCAAGGGGCAUGAAGAGUUAUAUUCCAUUUAUGUCCAUUCUCAGCCUUCCUACAUUGAGACUGAGGUUAAUGCUUCUUCAAUCUUCCAUGGCAGAAGGAUUCCUAGCAAGAAAGUAGAGUGGGGGAGGUUCAACAUGGUGGAGGCGGAGCGGCGGUUACUGGCCAAUGCCCUUCUAGACCCUUCCAAUCAGCGAUUCAUCCUCCUCUCCGACUCCUGCAUUCCUCUCUUCAACUUCACCGCCGUCUACUCCUACCUCCUCCGCUCCUCCUCCGCCGCCUUCCUCGAGUCCUACGACCUCCCCGGCCCCGCCGCCCGCGGCCGCUACAACCGCCGCAUGCGCCCCCUCGUCGCCCUCGCCGACUGGCGCAAGGGCUCCCAAUGGUUCGAGCUCGACCGCGCCCUCGCCGUCGAGCUCGUCGCCGAUCGAGCCUACGCCGCCGUCUUCCGGCGCCACUGCCGCCCGUCGUGCUACGCCGACGAGCACUACUUUCCGACGCUCGUCGCGAAGCGGUUCGGGCGGCGGAAUGCGAACCGGACGCUGACGUGGGUCGAUUGGUCUAGGGGCGGGCCCCACCCGAGAAAGUAUGGCCGGGGCGAUAUUACGCCCCGGAUGUUGACCCGGAUGAGAGCGGGUAUGGGUUCGGGUGGUAAGUGCUUGUAUAAUGGGGAGUGGAGUGAUAUGUGCCAUUUGUUUGCGAGGAAGUUCGCGGCUGGCGCGUUGGAUCGGCUCCUGAAAUAUGCGCCGCAAGUGCUGGGAUUUUGA